AUGGAUUUCAUUGGAGCGUUUUCCCUCUUCCUUGACAUAUCUUGGGCGCUCGGUGACAACGACCAGAGUCUUGAAUUUAAUUCUGGUUUCGGCUCCAACGUUGUAUUACUCCGUGCUGCUCGUACGACUAAACUCGGCGCACGAGCCGGACGAAUAACUCGAGUGAUGAGGUUGCUGAAGUGGCUGCCUGGUGUCAGCAGCACCCAAGACGAGAGCGCUGGCACGGCCAAAGUCCUUGGGUCAAGGCUGAUCAAUGCUUUAUCCACUAGAGUUUCAAUGUUGACAAUUGGCUUAGUUAUGGUAUUGCCCAUAUUUGACGUCAUGAAGUACCCGAAUGAAGAUCAUUCUAUGCAGGCUUGGGCACAGCAGUUCGCAAGCCAGGUGCAUGUUUUUGGAGAAGACUAUAUUGGGGGGGAGUCUUUCAACCAAACCAUUGUCGAGUUCCUGGACUUCUACGAUUUCCAAGAAUACAGACCAGUGACGUUGGUGAUCGAGGCGCUCCCAACGGGCGUGCUGUAUGCGGAGAACUUUGCUGAGCCACCGAAUAGGAUAUCUAAUGAGCUGUGGGUCACGAGUCAUGGUUAUGAUGGUACGAAAGUACAAGUCAUGUUUGACUUUACGGCGGUGAGUAAGACAGACGCUGGUGCGAACAUUGCCUUGGUGGUACUGGUCCCAUUAGAAGGGCUAUUCUGUCGAGUGAGGGAUAUGGCGAAGACGAUCUUCAAAACGGUCAGUCAAAUCAGCAAGGUCGCCGUGGAAGAGCGACAAGAGGAGGAGCAUCUUGUGAACCUCGCACAGAGUGAUGAGGAUUUGGAGGACUCUGGGGCGUUCAUGAGUGAGGCUUCGGUCCUCGAGGCAGUGGUGGAGAAGUUGGCUGUGCUUUCGGAGAUGUUCAUUGCGAAGCACCCUGUUGAUGAGGAGGAGCUGAAAAACCUUGGCUCGGACGAUCUCGCUGUGUUAGACAUGAUUACCCAAAAUCAGGCGCGAAAGGCCAGUCAAGACAACGAGAUAUUGGCUGAUAGAUUAGGCCGAAGAGCAACAGCGUUGCGAACCUUCGUCUCCGACUUGCAGAAAUCAGGACUAUUAGAUUGUGGUUUGGCCGACAGUUGGAAUUACGAUGUCUUGCAACACAGUCUUGAACAAAACGAUGCCCUACUGAAGUAUAUCUUCUUGGGGUCCGGGAUUUCCCAUUUUAUCACUGGUUUCAUCGACUUGGGCGUUCUAGAGGUCUUCUUAAGGAGGGCACGGCUGGCGUAUUUGGAUAACCCUUAUCACAAUUGGUAUCAUGCGGUUGACGUCACACAUACUGUUUACAGGUACCUGGUUCUAUCCAAGGGAAUGUCAUUUUUCCAACCGUUGGACUGUCUAGCGGUCCUGUUGGCCGCAGUAGUCCACGACAUAGGGCAUCCGGGAGUGAACAACCCGUACUUGAUCGAAACUGCUCAUGAGCUGGCUCUACGAUACAAUGAUAAAUCACCUUUGGAAAAUAUGCACUGUGCGCGCUUCUUUGAGCUGAGCAGCGAUGCUGAGGCGAAUGUUCUGCAAGGCCUUUCUAAGCAACAGUAUCGAGAUGCGCGGCGGAUUAUGAUCGAAUGCAUUUUACAUACGGAUAAUGCGCAUCAUUUUGAGAUGAUAAAAACUCUGCAGAUGUUGUAUCAGUUGAAUCGUGAGAUCGUAGAUGAGGGCUAUGAUCCUGAGGAGGAGGAGUGGUCAGGAGAGUGCAUAGCGCUGUACUCGAGCAACGAUGUUCGAAUGACUUUACUUCAAUUAUUCCUCCACGCGGCAGAUAUCUCUAAUCCGACUAAGCCGUUUGAGAGUUGCAAGGCUUGGGCUAAUAGAGUUUUGGAUGAAUUUUUCGCCCAGGGUGAUCUAGAGAAAGCCCAGAACAUACCAGUCCAGAUGCUUAAUGAUCGCAAUACCGUCUCGAGGCCGCAUUCCCAGAUUGGCUUUCUCGAGUUCUUGGUUGCACCUUUGUUCCUGCUGCAGGUUCAACUCCUACCAUCGUUGUACGAGUCCGACAAUUACCUUGUCAAUAAUCUCGCACGGUGGGCUGACGAAUGGGCGAUUGAGAAUUCCCCCUCUGCAGACGAUAUGAAAAAGGUUCUUGAUAGAGUUAAUAAAGUUGGCAAUACCCAUGCAUUGGAGCAUAGUGGUAUCAUCUACACUCCACCAAAGGAGUUAAUACGUCUUAUAAAGGGCAAGAGUUGA